GAGAGUUGGAGAUGUUCCAGAAAGACGGGGAGCGCAAGAUUCAGAGCCGGCAGCAGCUUCCGGUUGGAACAACAUGGGGGCCUUUUGCUGGGAAGAUGGAUCUGAAUAAUAACACCUUGAAGACAAAGGCUUCAGUCCCUAUGGUACUGACUGCUGGCCCCAAGUGGUUGCUGGAUGUGACUUGGCAAGGAGUGGAAGACAACAAAAACAACUGCAUUGUGUACAGCAAAGGAGGGCAGCUUUGGUGUACCACUACCAAGGCCAUCUCAGAGGGUGAAGAACUGAUUGCCUUUGUUGUAGAUUUUGACUCAAGGCUGCAAGCAGCUAGUCAGAUGACUCUUACAGAAGGGAUGUAUCCUGCACGCCUGCUGGACUCAAUACAAUUGCUCCCUCAACAAGCUGCAAUGGCAUCUAUUUUGCCUACGGCUAUUGUGAACAAGGACAUAUUCCCUUGCAAAUCCUGUGGCAUUUGGUAUCGAAGUGAGAGGAAUUUACAAGCCCAUCUCAUGUACUACUGCAGUGGGAGGCAAAGAGAGGGGCCUCAGCUGUCGGAGGAGAAUGAAGAUAGCACGCAGCAGAUAUCCAGUGUCUGCCCCUUUCCGCAGUGCACCAAAAGUUUUUCUAAUGCAAGAGCUCUGGAAAUGCACCUAAAUUCUCACAGUGGAGUGAAGAUGGAAGAAUUUCUCCCCCCUGGUGCUAGUUUGAAAUGCACAGUUUGUACUUACACUGCAGACUCAGUGAUUAACUUUCAUCAGCACCUGUUCUCUCAUCUUACUCAAGCUGCCUUUAGAUGCAAUCACUGCCAUUUUGGCUUCCAAACUCAGAGGGAGCUACUGCAGCACCAAGAGUUACAUGUCUCUGGCAACAAGAUUCAGAGAGAAAGUGACAUUGAACACUCACCAAGUGGAAACGAAGAAGGUUUACAGCCAGCAACGGACCUGUUGAGCAGAAAUGAUGUUCCCCAAAGCCAAAAGACCAUGCAGACUAAAGAUGCAAGUUCUGAUACGGAGCUCGAUAAAUGUGAAAAAAAGACUCCACUUUUCCUUCCAAACCAGAGGCCAGAAACACAGCCUGCAACAAAUAAGCAAAGUUUUUCAUACACUAAAAUAAAAUCUGAACCAUCCAGUCCAAGACUUGCCUCAUCGCCUGUUCAGCCCAAUAUUGGCCCUUCUUUCCCAAUGGGACCUUUUCUUUCCCAGUUUGCUUUCCCCCAGGACAUCACUGUGGUUCCUCAGGCUUCAGAGAUAUUAGCCAAAAUGUCUGAACUGGUACAUCGAAGACUGAGGCAUGGAAGUAGCAAUUAUCCUCCUGUAAUUUACAGUCCUUUGAUGCCAAAAGGGGCUACAUGUUUUGAGUGUAACAUAACAUUCAAUAAUUUAGACAACUACUUGGUACACAAAAAGCAUUACUGCAGCAGCCGAUGGCAGCAGAUGGCGAAGUCACCAGAUUUUUCCAGUGUUCCAGAAAAAAUGCCAGAAGCUGUAAGUCCCAGUAAUGGUCAAAGCUCUAUAAACAUCUUGAAUACAACUCCUCACACAUCGGAUCCUGAGAAUCAGCUUCUGCAGACCCCUUGCAUAAACUCUUCGAGUGUUUUAGAUUUGAUUGGGCCAAACAAUAAAGGUCAUGAUAAAGACUUUACAGCACAAGCUAAGAAGUUGUCAAGUGCAAGCAAUGGUGAUGAGAAGAUAAAUGGAAAACCUUCUGAUGUGAAGAAUCCCAGCACUCCUUUAGUAGAAGGGGAGAGUGAUCCCAGUAAGACCACGUGUGAAGCUUGUAAUAUUACUUUCAGCAGACAUGAAACAUACAUGGUCCACAAGCAGUAUUAUUGUGCCACUCGCCAUGAUCCCCCCCUGAAGAGGUCUGCUUCCAACAAAGUGCCUGCCAUGCAGAGAACGAUGCGUACCCGGAAGCGAAGGAAGAUGUAUGAGAUGUGCCUACCGGAGCAAGAGCAAAGGCCACCCCUAGUUCAGCAACGAUUUCUAGAUGUUGCUAAUCUUGGCAAUCCUUGUACUUCUACUCAAGAGUCGGCAGAAGGCCUUGGAGAAUGUUACCAUCCACGAUGUGAUAUAUUUCCAGGAAUAGUCUCAAAGCAUCUGGAAACAUCCCUAUCUAUGAACAAGUGUGUUCCAGUUUCAAAGUGUGAUACUCCACACUCUACUGUUGCUUGCUUGGAGAUGGAUGUGCCAAUAGAUCUCAGUAAAAAAUGUUUAUCCCAGUCAGAGAGGACAUCCACUUCUCCUAAAAGGCUGCUGGACUACCAUGAGUGCACAGUGUGCAAGAUCAGUUUUAACAAGGUGGAGAACUACCUUGCUCAUAAGCAAAAUUUUUGCCCUGUCACUGCCCAUCAGCGUAAUGACCUGGGUCAACUGGAGAGCAAGGUGUUUCAAAACCCGGAAAGUGAAAGAAACAGCCCAGAUGUCAGUUAUGAAAGAAACAUAAUCAAAUGUGAGAAAAAUGGAAACUCAAAACAGUCCUCUCCUAAUGGAAACUUAUUUUCGACACACUUAGCAACACUUCAAGGACUAAAAGUCUUUAGUGAAGCAGCCCAGCUUAUUGCUACAAAAGAAGAAAACAAACAUUUGUUUCUUCCACAAUGCCUUUACCCUGGAGCAAUAAAGAAAGCUAAAGGAGCAGAUCAGCUUUCCCCAUAUUAUGGAAUAAAGCCAAGUGAUUACAUUUCUGGUUCUCUUGUCAUUCAUAAUACUGAUGUAGAUCAAAGCACAAAUACAGAAAGUGAAUCUCCUAAAGGCCAAACUCCUUCAAAUGGAUGUGCUGUGCAGAAGAAAGAAUCUCUUCCAUUAUUGCCAAAAAACCGAGGCAUGGUAAUAGUUAAUGGGGGACUAAAACAGGAGGAAAGAUCUACAGCAAACCCACAACAAGAGAACAUUUCCCAGAAUCCUCCGCAUGAAGAUGGGCACAAGUCUCCCUCCUGGAUCUCUGAGAAUCCUUUAACUGCAAAUGAAAAUGUCUCUCCAGCAAUUCCUACAGCGGAGGAACAGUUGUCUAGUAUAGCAAAAGGAGUGAAUGGUUCUACCCAGGCCCCAACCAGUGGAAAAUAUUGCCGACUGUGUGACAUCCAGUUCAACAAUCUUUCAAACUUUAUAACUCAUAAGAAGUUUUAUUGCUCGUCACAUGCAGCAGAACAUGUCAAAUGAAACAAUUGGUCGGUCACCUUUGGUACCUGUGUUUAGCAUAUUGUUCCAUACAGUCUAAAGAAAGCUGUUUGAAUUACAUCUGGACAAUCAGGAGAUAAUUCACUAUUGCUGAGUUGAAGACUUAAAGGUGUAAUUUCAUUACAGUCCAUUAGUAAAGUGUAUUAUUGGUGCCAUUUUCAAAAAUAUUAAUUUAUUUUACCAGCAGUAUUCAUAGCUGUAGUUAUGUUAUUUUUUAUUUAAAAACUUUAUAUUAAAGUCAUUUGUAAUGUUAUUGUAUAGUUAUUGUGUAGCACAUAUGGUUUGCACUGUAUAGUAGAUUUUAAAGAAAAUAGUCACAAACAAUACAGAAAAGCAUUUUAGAAAUAGCUUCAAAAGCACUUGUGUAUCCUGAUUUUUUUUCUUAUAUGCUGUUGCAGAUAUAUGUAUAUGCUAAAAUAUAACUUGCAAAAAAGUUUCAACUAUGCUGUAAAGUUCGCCUUAAAAUUUCAAUUUUUUGAACAAUUGGGCUCAGUUUGCACUUUAUAUUUUAGCAGAUACAGUACCUUAGUCAUUAGGCUUUGCAUUUGUAUGUAGCAGUAUGUUUCUGUCCACUUUCUUAAUCUGAAACGUACGUUAAAUGAAGAUGGCAAUUUUUUUCUUGUAUAGUACUUGUAUUUUCUUUCGCUGAUGCAUCUCUGUCUCAAUUUUUAAACCUUUGCUGUUAAAUGCAAUACUUUAUAAAGAAUGAACAAAAUUACUGGAAGCAGUAUUGUAAGUAAUGAGGUCAUAUCAAUCAGUUUUAUCUUUUGAAAGGCACAGUCAAAAACAAAACCCUAAACUCAAUGCUGCAAUUAUGAAUCUAAUUCAUAUAUAAGAUAUAUUUAAAUAUAAGAGUAGCAAUACUGCAACUGGUGAUCACAAAGAUAAUGUUCUACUUCUGAUAGAAAUAAUUUCUCAACAAAUGUUGUUACUAUGCAUGUAUAUGGAUGGAAUAAAAUUCCAGAUCAUUGGA